GUUUGAGCAAUUAAAGGCGAGCGCACCACUGGAUCAUGGCUCAGCCAUUGUGUAACUGAGUAAGAUCUGACAGAUUAGAGUAGCUGCGCGCGCUGAUGCAGCAUCAAGACGCCGUACGCUGCUGAGCAAACGUAGAGUCAGACAGGAAGAGAGUGGACGAGUUGCGGGGCUGCUUGCUGGAGGAGCCCACGUGUCUGGUAUCUCUUAGCUGUGAGCUUCGCCGCUGUUCAUGGAGGACCGGAGUGCAUGAAGAGCAUCAUUCUGCUGCAAAUCCCACACAACUGACACUACUAUCCCAAAUCCAGGACCAUGUCUGAAAUCUAUGAUGAUUCUAGUUUGGAAGAGACCACCGACAGCUUCUGGGAGGUUGGUAACUACAAACGAACGGUGAAGCGGAUUGAUGAUGGCAAUCGACUCUGCAAUGACCUGAUGAAUUGCAUUCAGGAGCGUGCCAAAAUCGAGAAAGCGUACGCUCAGCAGCUGACUGAAUGGUCCAAAAGAUGGAGGCAGAUGGUAGACAGAGGGCCUCAGUAUGGCACGGUGGAGCGAGCCUGGAUGGCCCUGAUGACGGAGGCUGACAAGGUGAGUGACCUUCACCAGGACGUGAAGAACAGCCUGAUAAACUUGGACUUUGAGAAGGUGAAGAACUGGCAAAAAGACUCCUACCACAAGCAGAUGAUGGGAGGAUUCAAGGAGACCAAGGAGGCAGAAGAAGGGUUCAAGAAGGCCCAAAAGCCAUGGGCCAAAAAGUUAAAGGAGCUCGAGGCUGCUAAAAAAUCUUAUCACAUGACCUGUAAAGAGGAGAGGCUCGCCGUCACUAGAGAGGCGAACAGCAGGGCAGAGGCCUCGGUACCCGCGGAACAGCAAAAGAAGCUCCAGGAGAAACUAGACAAGUGCAAACAGGACUCCCAAAAGGCAAGGGAGAAGUACGAGAAGGCUCUGGAAGAGCUGAGUAACAGCACCCCACAGUACACAGAAAGCAUGGAGCAAGUGUUCGAACAGUGCCAGCAGUUUGAAGAAAGGAGGCUGAGCUUCAUCAAAGAGGUGCUGCUGGAUGUCAAACAUCACCUCAACCUCACAGAGAACCAAAGUUAUGCCGCUGUGUACCGGGACCUCGAACAAACCAUUUCAUCAGCAAGCCCACAGGAAGAUCUGAGGUGGUUCAGUAGCAGCCACGGUCCUGGCAUGCACAUGAACUGGCCACAGUUUGAGGAAUACAACCCAGAUCUUGCUCACAGCAUCGCUAAGAAAGAAAAGAUAGGGAAAGGAGAUAAGAUCAAGCUGACUCAUGUCACACCAUCUGUGCAGCACUCUCAAGGAGGAGACAGAGGAAGUGUGAGCAGCUACGAGAAGAACCAGGCAUACACGCCCUCCACAGAGUGGUCAGAUGAAGACCAGAUGGCUCCAAACUCAGGCAGCGACACCAACGGAGGGUCGAACCCCUUCGAGGAGGAUGUGGGGAGGGGUGUAAGAGUAAGAGCGCUAUACGACUACGAGGGUCAAGAGCAGGACGAGCUGACCUUUAAAGCAGGAGAAGAGCUGACGAAGCUGGAGGACGAGGAUGAACAGGGCUGGUGUAAAGGUCGCCUGGACAACGGCAAGCUGGGUCUUUACCCAGCCAAUUACGUGGAGGCAAUCUGAGUUUUUUUUUCCUUUUUAGCUCAGCUGCUCCCCUCAUCACAGAUGAAACUGAACCGUCCACUCACACCUGCACAAUGCUAGAGACUUCAGAGGAAAGCUCCUCCUCCUGUCAGGCACUGUGAGCUGCCCUCAUCUUCACCAUGGAGAACCUGUUCAGGAGCACAUCACCUUCAAAUCCUUUAACAGAAAAAGAGGAUUGCUUUGUGUUCAGCUUGAUAUCAACUGUGAGGACAGCAGGUUAUUCUCUCACCAGAUGUUGUCAUGGUGUCGUCAGACGUGCCUCUGCAGCCAGAAUGAGCUAUGCAUUGUGCAUUUUAUGUAAAUACUUGAAUCCCAUUUUACAGCCUGGAUACUUGUACAGUUUUUUUCAUUCAGUAUAAGUGUUUUUAUCUCUGCUACAUGUUAGGCCCCAGAGGAAUAGUUUGGCAUUCCUAGUGCUUUCCACUGGAUUUGAGGCACAUUUAAGGCCUUCAGUUCAAACGCCACGCCAGUGUCAUUCACAGCAGUUAUUCCCAAAGAAACAGAAGAAAGAAGUUCAUUUU